AUGUCGGACACCAAGAUCCAAGAUCUUCUCAACAAGCCUCGCAGCGAGCUCACUGAAUAUGAGGUCGCUCUGGUCGAGGAACAUGAGCUUACAGCAGGCCCCCUCUCGCUGCUGCAGACGGCCACCCGCACCCACACACAGGUCCUGAUCUCGUGCCGAAAUAACCGCAAACUGCUGGCGCGGGUCAAGGCUUUUGAUCGCCACUGCAACAUGGUGCUCGAGAACGUCAAGGAGAUGUGGACGGAGAAGCCCAAGGGUGGUAAAGGCCGCGGAGUCAACAAGGACCGAUUCAUCAGCAAGAUCUAUUUCCUAGCCACGAUCCAGAGUUCUGUUGCAUGCGAUGCUAACGAGUUCCUCUCAGGUUCUUGCGUGGUGAUUCGGUCAUCCUGGUCUUGCUCAGCUGAACGUGUUUCCGUAUUAGCAACAUUUGCAACACUUCAUGCCGAUACCAUCUCGUCCCAUCCAUCUUCUCCGCUUCUGCCUAGCAUGACUUCACAAUGUGGCAUCAUGCUCUGGCUUCGUGUCACGUGA